ACUCCACGGGAGCUGAGCAAGGAGCAGAACGAUGUUUGACAACACGCAGUACCCCUAUAACUGCUUUAAUUAUGACGGCGAUGAUUACCCUACCUGUAGUUCUGACGAAGAGAAGAAAUUCACCAGACCGGCGUAUAGCUACAUUGCCUUAAUUGCAAUGGCCAUCCAGCAAAGUCCUUCAAAUAAAGUCACCCUCUCUGGCAUUUAUGACUUCAUAAUGAAGAAAUUUCCUUACUACAGAUCAAAUCAAAGGGCCUGGCAGAACUCCAUCCGGCAUAACUUAUCACUAAACAGUUGUUUUGUAAAGGUUCCCAGAACAGAAGGGAAUGAGAAGGGGAAAGGAAACUAUUGGAGCUUUGCAACGGGAUGCGAAUCCAUGCUGGAUCUCUUUGAAAAUGGAAAUUACCGGAGAAGACGGAGGAGGAGGAACAUGAAAAAGGAACAUAAAGAGCAGAGAUCAAGCAGAGGGAAAGGGUCUUCGUCCCCUGAUACAUCUCCUACGGACACCGCUUUAAACAGCACUUCCUCUUCUGAAAGCAUACAUGAAAGAAUUGGCUCAGAACCAAGACUACUGGAGCCCCGUGGGUUUGCUCCAAACAGCACAGCCAGCAGGCAGAGCCUGAGCAGUUCCUCCUUAGAAAAAGCGGAUUCUGAAAUAAAAUUCAGCAUCGACUACAUUCUUUCAGCCCCCGACCCUUUGCCUGUCCUGAGAUCUCAAUAUAAUAUGCAGGAAAACAAAUAUCACCUACUGGAGGCCCAGCAGAUCAAUCUCCAUCUCUGGACAAUGUGAAGUUAUUAAUCCGUGGUAUCAAAGUCCGGGUUGCAGUGCAGGCUGACAUCACUGCCAUCAGCCAUCCGCCUCCUCCUCCCGAGCAGCACUCAGAAGGGGUUACCCCUUCUCUGUCUGUACCCAAAGAGCCGUGCUGUGCUUGAAGUACAGAUAACUGUCACCAGUAUCAGUUUUUGCCACGCUGAAAUUCAUCAUAUCCUCACUUUGUUUUGUGAACUGUCGCAGGCACCAUCUACCAGCACACAGAGUUUCCUUCUUCAAGCAGAAACUGACAGAAGAGACUCACUCCACACCCAGUGCUUUCUUAGAGACAAAGUGAAUUUGAUCCCACUUUCACUGGUGGAAAUUUGGGUUAAUUCCAUUGAAACGUAUGGCUCAGCUUUUGAGCUGAUCUACAACGGUGUAAUUCUGCCCAUUUACACUGGCUAAGAAUGUGAUGGGGAUGGGGGUGGGGGAUUCGUUUUCUUAAAAUGAAUCACAGGAAAUCAGUCUGUCUUCUCUGAAUUUUGAUUUUAGCAUCAUGUCCCAUAAUGUUGUGUACUAUGCAGCUUUAAUCCAUUGUUAUUUAGCAAAUAUAGCUAUUAAUACGUGUUUAAGGUAUAUUUUUGUUGAUGUUCAGAGCAGAAUUGUUCGGACUGUAGAAGCUGUGUUCGGGCUAACCAUGUGAAUGCUGGUUGCGAGGCUGUUGAAUACUGGCAGACACCGACAGAUGAUGUGACAGAGGCAUAGGGUCUCCUCAUGCCUUGAUUUAGGAACAGAAAUUCCCCUCUCCCCUUGUACUGCCAGCAAAUGUCUCCAGAUGCUGCAGGAAAGCCCUUGGCCGCAUUUUGUUUAGCAAGUACGAAGGGAGACCUGGGCUUGCAAGAAGCUGUAUUCUGUGUCAGCCGAAGCCAGAAUCCCACCUACCUGCUCUGAGACAAGUUGUAUAUUCCUACUAAAAAGAUUUCUAUUGAUCCUUCUUGCUAGCAAUUGACAAAGUGGUACCUAUGGGAUUUCAGGAAUGCUGGUGAGAUGAAUCAUGUACAGAGAGCCACGUUAGCUCCUGAUCUCCAUUCCUAAUGAAAGCCAUUCCAGCACCAUUUACGCACUGCAGGAUGUUUCAGAACAGAACCUGAAGGACAAUGCUGAACUCUACGUGGCAUUUAGGAACUUGUUUUUAUGUAACUUGUCCAUGAGAAAUCGCUUCCUGGUACCGAAUGGCAGCAUCAGCAGAGAUGCCACAAAGCCUUGGUUUUGGCUUGGCAACCAGAAAUAUGGCUUAAGGAAGACAAAAAAGCAGGCGAGGAUUCUGGUGGUUUUAAGCAGUUAUGUCGAGAGAUAAAGUUAUCUUUGAAACAUGAACAAAAUGAAGGUAUACGAGAUAAGACUGAGCAAAUUGUUCCAGAGGUAUGCUCAGGCAUGACUUGAAUUUUUAUGCAGAAGCUUUGGCAUUUCACUAAGUUAUUUUACAUGGUGUCUAAUAUAUAUUGUACAUUUAUACUAUAAAUUCCUAUAUAUUGUUAUUGAGAAAGGGAGCAAUAUCACUGCACUUAAAUGUUGUAAAAUGCAUGAUGUAUGUAGCCGUGCUGCUGGAAGUCCUGCCGCGUACUCACAAGUCACCAUCUGCAGUAUUUCACACUGAUUGGUAAUAAAUGCUUGGGUUUGGUUUUUUUUUUUUUGGAAAAGUAGACAACUUGCUGUCUUCAGGCACUUCUGUGGCACACCAAAGUCUUUGCUUCCUCAAAAAAGGCCAAAUGGAAAAUCAGGUCAAAGUUGCAUUGCUGUGUGCAUUCCGAACUUCCAAGGGAUGACUUCUCGUGACCAAACUGUGCCUCCAAAGGGAGCCCUCAGUUCCCUGUGAAUCCACACUUAUUCUGACUGCUAUCUGAACACACAGUGUGAAGGGUUAGACCUGGCCCAUGCGCCAUGCACACCAGUGUUGGAAAAUCUCUAGGGUCACAGGUAGAUGGAUUCCCAUCUGAAGAGAGAUGAGACGCUGCUCCCUUGGCACACAUGGCACUAUGUAGGUGUGGGAAGCAUGACCUCAUGGGUACUUCAACGUCUGCAUGCACUCCCAUGCAUGGUGGUACAUGUGCUCCUCUUGCUCCCUCCCCGCAGUUAUGUAUUCAUUCUUUACACUCGUCUCCUUUUCUUGACUGUUUUGAACGUGGCAGUGCUGCUGUUCGGCUGAUAGUUAUCCUACACAUCAGCACUACAUUUGAAAUACAUCUUUUAUUGCUGUGAA